AUAGAGCUCAAUUGUCGACUUGUGUCUACAUCACCAAGUCUGGGUUUCGAGAGGUCCAAUCCAAGCAUCGAAAACCAGCUCUUACCCAUCUGCUGUUUUUAAUCUGCCGUGAUCUCGAAACAAACUGGCCUGUCACAGCGACAAGAAGAAUCUUUGCAGCAAUGACUGGUAAUCAAGAUGAUCAAAAUGGCGAUAUGGUGAUCCAUCGAGGAGGCUGCCAUUGCGGUGCCAUCAGGUUCGAGUGUGAUGCCAGCCCUGAGAUCACGGCUUUCCAAUGCAACUGUUCGGUCUGCAUCAUGAAGCAGAAUGUCCACUUCAUGGUGCCAGCAGAGCACUUCCGAUUACUUCAGGGUGAAGAUAAGCUCACGACCUAUCAGUUCAAUACAAACACGGCCAAGCACCUAUUCUGUAGCAUCUGUGGAGUGCAGAGCUUCUAUCUGCCAAGGUCACAUCCGACAUGCCGAGCUGUCACAAUCUAUUGCAUAGACCCAGGCACAUUGAAAAAUGUGAGUGUUGAGCAAGCGGAUGGCAAAGACUGGGAGGCAUGGCACGCCGUCUACAAGGCCAAGCAGCAAGAAGUUGACUCUUGAAAGUGCUGGCCGUCUAUGCAUGUUUAGGUUUAUGAUACGGAUAUGGUUUGACCUUUGUAGAGUAGUGGCAUGUAUGGCACUAUUUGUCUUUGCAAACGAGGGCUUGCAAAUCUUGCACUGCUGUGUCUUGCUGGUUCAUGUUACAUUCCAACUGAUGCAACUGAUGCGAUAGCACAACGGCAACAAGUAGGGUGGCAUCCUGUACAGAGACGAUUGAAUACACUUUCGGGAUAGGCGUCAGAAUCGUCACCCUCAGAACCCGUACUCGGGUAGAAUAAGUUAUA